AUGGAGGCCUGGACGCUGCUGGCUGUGUGCAUCGCUCUCACCUGCAGAGCUACAGUGUCGCAAACCACCAUCCCACCAACAACGCACACUGUAUCCAUGACGACCACUGAACACUCCGCUACAAAAACCACUCCUGUAACCAUGGCGACGGACCACACCAGUAGCCACACGACAACACCGAGACCCACCGUCACCUUGGAAACCAGUCACACCGUCAGCCCCCUCCCCCCUGACCACACUACAACAAACCCUGCUGCAAACAGUUUUUCUGUUACCACGACGACGAGUGCCAAAAGCACCACAAGUGGCAACAACACUGGCGGCAAGUCUACGUCCAGCACGGUGACGUCCAGUGGUGUUACCAUGACAACCACCGCUGAAAACGGCAAGGAACACACCACUGCACACAGUUCUCCUGUUACCAUGACGACAAGUGGCAACACCACUGAUGGCAACUUAACAUCCAGCACAGUGACGUCCAGUGGUGUUACCAUGACAACCACCGCUGAAAACGGCAAGGAACACACCACUGCACACAGUUCUCAUGUUACCAUGACGACAAGUGGCAACACCACUGAUGGCAACUUAACAUCCAGCACAGUGACGUCCAGUGGUGUUACCAUGACAGCCACCACUGGAAACGGCACCGAGCACACCACUGCACACAGUUCUCAUGUUACCAUGACGACAAGUGGCAACACCACUGAUGGCAACUUUACAUCCAGCACAGUGACGUCCAGUGAUGUUACCAUGACAGCCACCACUGGAAACGGGACCGAACACACCACUGCACACAGUUCUCAUGUUACCAUGACGACAAGUGGCAACACCACUGAUGGCAACUUUACAUCCAGCACAGUGAUGUCCAGUGGUGUUACCAUGACAGCCACCACUGGAAACAGCACCGAACACACCACUGCACACAGUUCUCAUGUUACCAUGACAACAAGUGGCAACGACACUCACAGCAAGUCUACAUCCAAGACAACGAUAUCCCCUGGUGUUACCACGACAACCACUGCUGGAACCAGCACCAAACACCCUGCUGCACACAGUUCUACUGUUACCACGACGACAAGUACCAUAACCACCACGACUGGCAACAACAUUCACAGCAGCUCUACGUCCAAGACGACGAAGGAGACGACAACAAAAACCGCCGGUGUUACCAUGCCAACAGGAGGCGGGACUAAGACAGCCAGCAGUUCACAUGUUUCUGUUACCCCGAAUAAACCAAUCACAGCAGAGGACAAGAAUACGACCGCGAGCACAACCGCACCCCCCGCCGGUGCCGGUGCAGGUGCCGGUGGAGGUGGAGGCGUACCUGGAUGGGGGAUCGCUCUGCUGGUCCUGGCAGCUCUGGUUCUACUGCUGCUGAUCCUGCUGCUGAUAGCACUGCUGGUGUGGUGCUGCUGCAGGGGGCGCUACAGCGGCUUCAGUCCCUACACCAACCUGAGCCGUGGAGACAACAUCCCGCUGUACACCACACACAGCCACUUCGAGGGUGCCAACGGGAAACAGUUCGAAGUGACCUCGCCUAUGUUUGAUAACAGGAAGUGA